UCGGAUUUUUCCGGGCCCCGCUCGGAUGUUUUCGGGCCUGCGCGGGUAUUUUCGGACCCGCUCGGGUAACGCCGGCACUGCUCGGGUAUUUCCGUCACCGCUCGGAUUUUCCGGUCCCUCUCCGGUAUUACGGGCCACGCUCGGCUAUACCCGGCCCCGCUCGGGUAUUCCUGGACCGCGCGAGUAUUUUCGGCCCCUCUCGGAUAUUCCCUGCCCAGGCCCGGUGGCAGUGGGAGAACAGUGAUAUAUUGUGUGAAACCAGUUGACAUGGCGAUGAACAGUGAUGUCCCUCAUUUACUGUUUGGAGGCUCCUUUUCAGCGAUUAUCCCCCCUCACUCAGUUGAUGUCAGCGAAAUCCGUGAAAUCCCUGAUAACCAGGAAGUAUUUGCUCACAGUGAUACGGACCAGAGCAUCAUCAUCGAGCUGUUAGAACACCAGAAUCACGUUCCUGAUCAGGAAGCAGCCAGGUACCAUUUUGCUGACAUUGCAAACAGUAAUGAUGCGACCGUCAUGGACAGCACAAAGAUUCUGAGUGUGGAGCCUGUCAGCAGUGACCAGAUUACACUACAAGAUCCCAGCAGCGCCUGGCUCCUCUCCGGGAGGCAGCAGGUGGCUAAAUUCAAUGAGCAGGCUAGAAAUACUGUGACAAUUCACCUGGCACUGUUCAGACUCCCACAGUACUCCACUGAUAUCCUCAUCACAUUUAAUGAUCCGACAAUAAUCAGUCCUUUUAGCAGCAGUGUGGGUGGGAGCUCUGUGCAGUCAGGAGGGACGUCUGCCAGUGCUGCGCCACACUGGACCCUGGAGCAGUUCCGCGCCACCGUGCAGUCCUUCCAGCUCCUGGAUCCGACCAUCUUCUCCUGAACACCUGUGCUUUGUGGUCAGACAUUGCACUGUGGAGACGGUGAGAGUCUCGGUCUUCUUCCGCUUGUGCACGGCGCCCAGACUGUGACAAACGCUAUUGUGGACGAGUACACAGGUGGAUUUUGCAAUCAUGGAAGGGAGCUUUCGUUGAACAAGGAUGAGGUAUCCAUGCUGCUAGAUAAUACAGACUUGCGUAGGAAUAAGAGGAGACCAUUCAGCCCCUUGAGCCUGUUCCACCAUUCAUUGAAAUUCAUGGCUGAUCUGUGAUCUAACUCCUCAUACCUUUGCCGGAUAUUCCUUUCUACCUUUGGUCAUCAAAAGGAAAAUCUCAGAUUUAAAAUCAACAAUUGAUCAUGCAUCAAUGAUGUUUGUGGAGGAGAGUUCCAAAUUUCCAUGACCUUCACUUGGUCAAAGUGAUUGCUUCUGACACUCCUGAAAGGUCUUCAUUUUCAUUCUCUGCCUUAGAAUCUUGGAUUUUCCAACCACUCAAAGCAAUUUCUGUCUCUCUCCACUAUACUUGCUUCCUUCAAUAUCUUUAAAAACUUUGAUUAAGCCACCCUUUAAUCUUCUAAAUUCCAUGAAAUUUUGUAAUAUUGUUAUAAAAACAUAAUUAGGGCAGUGAAGUGUGAAGCCAUGUUUGCAAGGCUGUCUACCUGCAUUAAAAUAUUUCACUCUGUUUAAUCCCUUAGUAAUACUUCCCUUGUCCAAUUUUAAUUGUCCAAGGUAAACAGAAAGGGGGAAGGGACCCAUCUAAGGAAGGGUCACUGGACCUGAAACGUUAAUUCUGAAUUCGCUUUAGGGAUGCUGCCAGACCUGCUGGGCUUUUCCAGCAACUUCUGUUUUUGUAAACAGUAAGGGUUCUGAUUCCACCCUGCUCCAACCGUCCCUGUAGGCUAGUGUUUUUACAAAUCAUAGAAUAAUAGAAUCCCUACAGUGUGGAAACAGGCCAUUCAGCCCAACCCGCCCCUCCGAACAGCAUCCUACCCAGAUUCAUUCCCCUACCCCUGCAUUUCCCAUGUCUAACCCACCUAACCUAAACAUCCCUGGGCACAAUGGGCAAUUUAGCAUGGCUAAUCCACCUAGCCUGCACAUCUUUGGACUGUGGGAGGAAACCGGAGGAAACCCAUGCAGACACAGGGAGUAUGUGCAAAUCCCACACAGACAGUCACCCGAGGGUGGAAUCGAACCCAGGUCCCUGGCACUGUGAGGCAGCAGUGCUAACCACUUGCCACCCCCUGGCCAAAUCCUGGCAGUUUCCCAAUCACUUCAAUACCCCCACCCUGUUGCUCCUUUCUCCUUCUCCCUGUGCCCUUGCUCAUGCUGUGGCUGCCUUCUCGUUCCUUGUCCGUCCACCACUUGUGUGGCUGUGUCUUGCUGGCAGGCUCUUUGUUAAUGGGGAGAAUCACCAUCACUGGCAGCUGUGCCCUCACCCAGGAGCCUGUCCAUCUCAAGCUGUUCUGAAAGUUGUGUUCCAUCUAGAUACCCUCCCAAACUGGGCUGUUAAUUGGGUUGUGUGUGUCUGUAUGUCUCUGUGUGUGUGUGUGUGUGUGUGUGUGCGCAUGCGUAGAGAGACAGUGUGGAGGGGGGUGCCUCUUCCGCACUGGAAUGCUUCGCCAACCAUCUCAAUCCAGCCCUUUCUCCCAGCAACCAUUCUACCAGCUGACAGCUGGAUAUCUCGUGGGUGUGAUCGCCAUCUUCCUUUUGUGGCGCUGACGUGCUAGGACCUCAUUAGCUCAGUGCCACACUGGGUGAAAUUAAUGGCUAUCCCGAAUGUGCCAGACCACAGCUCCUGUUAUUCACCUAACCUGCCCAGGAGUAAACUACUGGCUGUGUGCGCAGUGGAACUUGGUGAUGCAGCUACAACCAUCAGCCUGAUCACAGAAGGAAUCUCCAGGAGCUGGAUGUCAGUGAAAUAUUCAUUUAUAUAGUGACUUUCACCAGCUCAGAUGGCUCUGACGCAAUGUACAACCAAUGGCAUAGUUCGUCUAAAGUGUAGUCACAGAUGCAGGAAACACAGCAGCCAAAUUACACACAGGAAGCUCUCACAAUCAGCAGUGUGUUUUGUGACUGGAUAAUCCACUGGCUGUGAGAUAAUAACCAGGACACCUGGGGGAGGAUUCCCUGGCUUUUCUUGGAAGUAAGGGCCAUGGGAUGUUUCAUAUCUCCCAGUGGUGGCCAGUUGGCUGGAUGAAAGCAGGCUGUAGUUUGAUGACCUGUCAAAAUUAGGCAGCCUGAAAUCAGCCCAGCUCUCAUGAAGUGAACUGUGUAUGGGCAGUUUCUAGACACUGAUGUCUCUGCUACCUAGUGAGUUUUAGCUGGAUGGCUGAAUGGUUUGAAAUUUCAUAUUUCUGUUUCAAAUCUGGAUUCUUCGGUGGGUUGUUGUAAAGGCCUGAGUUAUUUGAAAUGUAGUAUAUACUUUUCCUUCAUGGGUUAUGUGUGUUAAUAACUUAAUAAGCUAUUUCAGAGCACCUGGCAAUUAAAAUGAUUUGUUACUUCACUGACCAGAGAUGGUGUUAAACCGUAGAGCAGCCAUGGUGGCAUUAGAUACCGGGGCAGCUGGUAGGUACUGAAUGACUUCCUCCUGUUCCAAUGAAAGGUCCCUCCCCACUCUGCAUUGUCAGUUGUAUUUUUAAUCUGUGGUGCUGGAAGAGGGUGUGAAACUAGUUUCCGUGACCGUGUGAGAGAGGGAAAUUUCCACCAUGUUUCCUGUUAUUCCAAAAGCAGGCAGAGGCCUCUCAUUGGAAAAUGUACCUCCCAAAUUGUUGUUUUCCCUUCUUCCUACCUGAAUUGUUUAGAUGUCAUUUAAGUCUUGGUGGGUCAUGAAUGCGUCGCGGGGGCUGAAGGUUGUGGGUUCAAGUCCCCUUUCUAAGGAGGCUUGAGCCUCUAUGCCAACACUCCCUCUGCAUUGCAGGAGGGCUGGGAGGUAUGCCAUCUGGGGACAGGAGGGAUGUUUUAGAAAAAAAAACACGCACGUCCAAAGCCACCGUCUCCAAAAAAGGCAGAGUCCCAACUUCCCUCCACCCCCAAACGGAGCUGACCAACUGGUCACAUUAUCCCAGUGCUGUUUGUGGGAUCUUGCUGUGCUGUGUCUGCCUGUAGAGCAGUGGAAGUGAUUGCAUUUCAGAAGUAAUUGAUUGGUUGUCUGGGGUCUGUCGGGCAUUGCGAGGACGUGAAAGGCUCUAUCUAACUGCAAGCUCUGUACCUGAAGUGCACAGAGCAACCAGUCACUUGUGAAAUUGAGGGUAUUCCUUCAAUAAAAGUGCCAGCACAUCAGCACCUGUGCUGCAUUUAAAAAGUUCUUUCAUGGGAGUUGAGUACAAGGCCAGCACUUACUGUCAGUCCCUAAUUCUCCUUGAACCAAGUGCCCGGCCAUUUCGGAGGGCAGUUGUGGGUCUAGAGUUUAGUGUAGGCCCAGACCAGUUAACGACGGCAGACUUCCUUCCCUGAAGUACAUAAGUGAACCAGUUGGGUUUUUACAACAGUUAAUGAUAGUUUCAUGGUCACCAUCACCAAUUCUAGAUUUAUUCACUGAGUUUAAAUCCAGGGGAUUUGAACCCGUGUCCACAGAGCGUUAGUCCCAGCCCUUGGAUGCCUAGUCCACUGACGUCACAACACUAUCGUCUUCUUUAUGGUCUUCUUGGAGCAGCUUCUGUUUCACAUCAGUAGACCAUAAGAUAUCAGACAGAGUAGGCCAUUCAGCCCAGCGAGUCGGUUCUGUCCAAUGUACUCCUCUCCCAUGAAAGAAUUUUUUAAAAUGUAGAACAGAUGCGGAUAUGGUGGCACAUCGUUCCCACUUUUAUUGAAAGAGUACCUGCGUUUUCAAAAGUGACUUGAUGCACUGUGUACUUCAGAUACAGAGCCUGAAUUUAGAUAGAGCCUUUCACACCCUCGCAAUGUCAUUCAGUGAAAUCAUGGCUGAUCUGGUAAUCCUCAACUCCUCUUUCCUGCCAUUUCCCCAUAACCCUUGAUUCCCCGACUGAUUAAAAAUCUGUCUCAGCUUUGAAUAUACUGAAUGAUCCAGCCUCAACAGCCCUCAGCAGUGAAGAAUUUUACAGAUUCUCUGCCCUCUAAGAGAAGAAAUUCCUCCUCAUCUCUGUCUUUAAUAUCCUACCCCUUACCCUGGUGAGAUGAUGCCUUCUGGUCCUGAACUCUGCCACAGAGGGAAACAGCCUUUCCACAUCUACCCCCUCAAGUCCCUUAAGAAUCUUGUACGUGUCAAUAAGAUCCCUUCUCAUUCUUCUAAACUCCACUGACUACAGGCCCAAUCUACUCAACCCCUUCUCCCAAGACAUAUCCUUCAUACCCAGGAUCAACCUAGUGAACCUUUUCUGGACCGUCUCCAAUGCCAGUGUAUAUUUCCUUGGAUAAAGUGCCCAAAAUUAUUCACAGUAUUCCAGCUGUGCUCUGACUCGUGCUGUGUACGGUUUUAGCAAAACUUCCCUACUUUCAUGCUCUGUUGACUUUGAAAUAAAGGCUAACAUUUCAUUUGUCUUCCCAUUAUCCACUGAACUUGGAUGCUGGCUUUUUGAGAUUCAUGGAAGAGGACUCCAAGUCCCCUCUGCUGUAGUUUUCUGCAGUCAUUUAAAAAAAAAUUCAGCUUCUCCAUUCUUUCUGCCAAAGUGCAUAACCUCACUUUUCCUCCCACAUUAUAUUUCAUGUGUCAAGUUUCUGCCCACUAAUUUAACCUGUCCAAAGGUCGUUGCAGACACCUUGUAUCAUCAUCAUCACUUGGCUCCCACCUACUUUUAUUUGCCAGUCGUAUAUUCACUUCCUCACCCAGGAAAUAAAUAUAUGUUGUGAAUGAUGGUAACUCCAGCACUGAAUCCUGUGACACUCCAGUAGUUGCAGGUUGCCAUCACCAGUCACAUCACCUCAACAACACACAAAACCGCACAGCCUUGGAGACCUGGUGCUCUCUGCUCCUGAUCUGUUCAGAGCCACACCAACUUGUUCUAAGGGACCAGCCUCCCCCCACCCCCCAACCCUGCCAAUCGAUCUGGGGCUGCAGGUGGAGGGGAGAGAAUUUGGCAAGUUUUUUUUUGCGCAAGGAGGUCAAACAUUGGACAUGCUCCUCCCCCCCCCCCCCAGAAGACCGUCCCAUCUUCCCCCACCUCAAGACCAUCCCCUCCCAAAACACAGGAAAUGCUGACGUAAGGGAAUAAUUUUAAGUCCCACGUUGAGUACUUAUUGGUAAAUGAGGAAAUAAAGGGAUGCAGAGCCAAGAGGAUGAAGUUAAGAUACGGUUCAAUUGGAAGAUGAUUUUUGUUUUAAAAAAAUGUACUUUGUGGGUUGGGAGUAUUGUAAAAGAGGUGCAAGAAUUAGGGUAUGGGGGAAUCAAACCGACUGGUCACAGUGCAGAAUUUUAAGAGGAGUAAACCUCCUGUAAGUGUAUCAGGGCAGGUUAAUGAUGCAGGUUAUGAAAUGUGCAAUUUAACUCCGGGCUCUGACCUUAAUGCCUUUAAAGGUGGUUGCUAUGGCAGCCCAACUGCUCCUGCUGCCUUUCUGCUGAGCAUUGAAUUCCCACACGGCUUUCUGUUUCACAACCAGGGAUAAACUUCCUGAAUUUGUUGUAUGUAACAAAUACAAGUUGGAAGUGAUGACUACGGGUAAAAGAGAGCAUCCCGGUGAGCUUAGCUUAAGCCCAGAUCCUGGUCUCUCACUCCCCAAUUGGAUGAUGAUGUUAAAAGAGAAAAAAAGUUGUUGUUUAUUUGUUGAAGAAUACAUUCAUUUGUAGAAAGUUGAACAAAUUGUUUUUGAUAGCUUUUGCCAACCAUCCAGUUAAAAGAGCAAUAUGGCAAUGGACUCCUGACAAUUUUAAUAAUGACAGAAAAAUGAAUCACACAUUUUGGAGACCAGUUUUAAUUUAUUCCUUAACACCAGGUUUCAGUUUGCAUCGCACAACACAGGAACAGGAGUUGACUAUUCAGCCCAUUGAACCUGCUCAGCCAUUCAAUAUGGUCAUGACUAAUCAAUCACUUCGAUCCUUUGUAUUCACCUGAUCCACAUGACCCUGUCCACCAUUGGGAAUAAGAAAUCUAUCAAUCUCUAUCUUAAUAUACUCAAAGAUUGAGCUUCCCGGCCCUCUGUGGUAGAGAAUUCCUAAGGGGCACAACCCUCUGCAUAAAUAAAAUUUCUUCUCAUUUCAAACCUAACUGUCAUCCCCCUUGUUUUUAAAUGGUGCUCUUAGUUCUAAAUAUCCCAAUGAGGGGAAACCUCCUACCCUGUUAUCCCUUUUAAGUAUGUUGUGGCUUUUGAUGAAAUCAUGCUUCAUUCUUCAAAAAUGUAGAGAAUCCAGGCUCAGUUUGCCCAAUCUGUCUUCAUAAAAUAAUCCCACCAUUCCAGGAACAAGUCUGGUGAAUUUUCAUUGCACUCCCUCUAAGGCAAUAAUAUCAGUCCUGAGUUAAGAAUACCCAAACGACACACACACAACUCCAGAUGCAGUUUAAUUCAGAAUGUCUGACUCAUUGCAAGUGAUAAAGUCACCGACUGAUUCACUGACAUCGUCUUGGUGUAUGUGUGGGUGGUGCUUCUCUGAACCCCUUCUCCCUGGCUCCAGCACAGACUAACACAGCCCUUUAGAUAGCCCUGAAUUCCAUGUUGUAGGAGCGACCUUUCAAUGGGUAAUAAAUUUUAGGAGUUCACGCACGUGGUAAUUUAUUCAAGCAUCUGCCAAUCCAAUGCAGGCAGAGGCCAAAGAUCAUCCUGAAUCUGGCCUUGAUGUGAGAGUCCAAUUACCCCCUUAAUCUUCGGUUCAGAUCGGAAGAAAAGUCAAUGACGCUCUAAUUUCAAAUACAAGUAAAUUGCCUUUUAUACAUUUUCUUCUAACUUUAACAUGGUGGCACAUACUCCCUCCCGCUAUAUGCUAUUGGUUAAUUAGUGCUAGGUUGUCCAACUGUGAUUGGGCUUUUGGUAUAUCACUCUAUGUUAGUUCUCACUCAGAGAUAGUAAGAACUGCCAAUGCUGGAGUCUGAGAUAACAAGGUGUAGAGCUGGAUGAACACAGCAGGCCAGGCAGCAUCAGAGGAGUGGGAAAGCUGAUGUUUUGUGUCGGGACCCUUCCUCAGGGUCCCGACCCAAAACGUCAACUUUCCUGCUCCUCUGAUGCUGCCUGGCCUGCUGUAUUCCUCCAGCUCCACACUGUGUUGACUCUGUUAGUAAUUGCUAAUUGCUGUGAUCUGAUUGGGCCCUUUUGGUGUGUGAGGAGUUGACAUCUCUAUGAUUACAGUAACCUUUUAUCUCUCAACUAUGACAUCUGUGUUUGGUUAUUCUUCUAGCCGCUGUCCUUGCUAUGAGAUAAGGGAGGCCCCUUGUAAUUAGUUUUUUUAAACCUUUCUUUCUAAUGUUUUUGGUGAUUUUAUAUUUUGGAAAAUACAUCUAGGAUUAUCUUGAAGAACCUUAA